AAAAAUUUGACCGAGAUGAACAGUUGACGCUCAGCAUUAAAAGUUCGUGGUCUGCGAGUAAAGUUGCAUAAAAGGGGGCAAAAGAUUAUAGAAAGAAAUUGGAAGAAGUUCAUGUCAUCAAAUUAUUCAAGGAGAAAGUCGACCUUCUCAAGUAAGUGCAUGAACUAAUGUCUUCGUUACCAACUUUGUUUUGAUUUGUUAGGAUGGUUUUUACAAUUAUGCUCUUACGCAGUUUCGUGUGCAGAAUUUUAUUCUCUUUCGUUUAGAAAUAUGCUACUCUAUUAUGAAAUACGCUUUCCUAUUCUCAAUUUUAUUAAACUUUCAAAGUUUUGUCUGAGUUAAUGAGUUUCAUUCUGAAAUAUUUCUGCACACAAUUUCGCUGGGAGUUCAUACCUUGAACAAACAUUGUUAACUCAAGUCGCUCGUGUACAUGGAAGUGAACCAGUUUCUAACCGCUUAGGAAAAGAUUUGAAAUUUAGUGUUUCCGUUAAGCAUUUGAACGCUUCAGUUAACGACCACAUGCAUGGUAGAACAAUCAUUUACUAGGCUAGACAUCCAGAGUUAAUGGUCCGAAGAAUCCACAAUCUUAUAACAAUAGCGUGCAUGGGUCGCCGAGCAGUCUAUGAAAGACGAGCUAAAUCGUUCUAUUAUACGGUAUGAUUUGAGGAUGUUGCUCACUUUCUCGGCUAUUUUCAACCACACUGAGGUGAUUAUUCCACAGGAGUCUGUUUUUUGUCGAGCAAAACUGGAUCAGUUAUUUGUAUAAUUUUUAAUUUUGAACCUUCUAUCAUCGUCAAAUACAUGCUUCGGAUAACAACCAUUCACGCGCAAAAAACGGGGAAUAGUUUUCAUUGGCAUUUCUCUCUGAUCUUUUAAAUUCACCGAGUCCCUGUUUGGCGAAAAUUACCGAACUAAACUAUCAGAAGUACUAUUCUCUUCAUGGCAUGUAGUCGAUAUUAAAUAUCUGGUAACAUUUUCGAGCUCAAGUUAAUGAUAACGUUUUUAAUAAGGUGCCAAUAUUUGCAACCAAAAACGACAUAAUAUUUCCUUUGCAUUCAAUUAUGUCUUCGAUGCAAGUUAAAUCAGAUCAGCUAAACCUCGAUUAUACACGCAACUAGAAAGCUUUGGUCACAAAUUUAUCGACAUCAGAAAAAUCGCCGUUAUGUUUUGUUCGCCAGAACUCGAAAGGAAACUCGAAACAAACAACCACAUAUCAUUACUUUAUAUUAGCUUUUUUUUAUUCAUUUAACAAACACAAAAAAUCUUUGUAAAAUUAUAGACCAGUUCCGCAUGCACGGAUGUAAAAUGGAACUGCACGGGUUGGGAUUAUUUCUAAGGAUUAACAUUGUUGCCGAUUACAAUCUUUUAUUGGGAAACUUUCAUCACAUCACUGUGGUUUUCAGGAAAGGUCCUAACUUAGGUUCAAAGUAGUAAAUUAGACAAUGUUCAGUAAAAUAAAAGAUACCUAGAAAUAAAAAAUAUUUAUAAAAACUAUAUCAAGAAUUGAUAAAAAGCUGCAAUUGAAACGCAAGAAGAAUUGUUCUUGGUGCCUUUCCGCAAUAGUCUUGAUGUAAUUGUCUCCUGUCGCGAAGUCAUUGGUCAAGAAUCAUCUUUAAUAUUCAGUCUUUAGAAAAAGAGAAUUUUAAAAAAGUUUUACAACGUUGCCUAGUAAAUCUCAAUCUCAGAUUUCUCCCGCUUAGUUGUGCUCUUUUGUUAUGUUUGACGGGAGUAUUUUGCAAGAGUUUCUCAAAUCUACGAUCAACAGAGUGCAAAGCCAAGGUCUCCGUAAAAUAUCCUGGGUUCUUAGUCAUCAUUAUCAAACUCAAAAAUAGAUGGUGCAGUAACACUGUAAUUUUUUCUAGUAAAGAUAAAAACAAGCUGAUAACCCAACAGUCUCUCGCAACCGUUUCACGAAGAUUAAAAUUGUUUGAAAUGAGAUUUCCUAAAUUAGUCUUAGACUGAACUGAAGGAUUAAAAGAUUUUCUAUUAACGACAACCCUAGCUCUUAGAAAACAACUCUUUAUUGUGAUCAUUGUGCGACAGUCAUUGUUUUUUUCCAAAGCCGAGCGGAAGCGACAUUCCCCUAUGUAUCUAUUUGAUCGCGUAGGAACUGGAUUUCAAGAGCAAGUUUUUCUUUCUCCAUCAUCAAUUUAUCCUUUUCCAAAGCCAGCUUUUCCUUCUCUAGUAAGAGUUUUUCCUUCUUGAGUUUUUCUAUUUCAUCUCUCACGUGCGAGCCGGGUGACUCAUUCCCAUAUUCGGAAUUUCUUUUCCUUUUGAUCACGUGCGCCAGCGGAGAGGAAAGCAUACGUUUCUGUUGCGGGAUAAGAAUGCGAUGUCUACCUCCUCCGCUUAUAGAAGCGUUCGCUGCGAUCACAGUAUGUUGACUCGGAAACUUCCCGACUUCCUGAAAAGAGGAGACGAUGUUCAUGGGAACGGGAGCACAACCAUGAAUUCCGCUACUGUUUGGAAAAACCUGACAUGGGGUCUUCUCCUGAUCUUUCGAGAAACAGGCUGUUUCUCCGUUGGUAUUUUCCUGGUGGGUGUUUUCUACGGUCUGCUCAUUGUUUGAGGUUGGGGAAACUAUUUCUCCGGUUUGUGCCACGACAUGCAUGAUUCGUUGCUUUCCAUUUUGCUCGGCAACCUCCCCCUCCUCUUGUUCUCCGUCCUCCAAUAAAGCUUGCUCUAACUGAUCGGUUGUGGCCAAACUGCGAUCGAUACUCAUCCCUGCUCCCUCCCCGAUUCUACAAUUAGAGGCCGUUAUGUGUAAUAUCUCUAUAAUCUUUUCACUCACUAGUGACAAUUUCCUUGGCGUUACCUGUUCGCCACUUUCUGAAUCUGCGGUAGAUUCCAGGAGUUCUUUCUUUGCUGCGCGAACCAUGUUUUUCCAUUUUCUCUUUAAAUCGUUAGCAGUACGUAGGACGAUCGGAUUCUUGCUGUUAUAAUCUCUGCAAAUGCGCUUCCACACCUCGACCUUUUGUUUGUUGGUAGUCGCAUCGUUCAACUUCGAGGUGAGUAUUUCCGAGUUUCGCUCAAACUGAGAGAUUAAGAACAAGCUUUCUCCUUCCGUGAAGUUAGGCUUUCGUUUGUUAGCGACGAGGACUACAUCUAGACUAUCAGCGCUGCGUGUGUCGCCGGCGUAAGUCAUCGCUGCGAAGGAACAACACUGCCUCGACUGAACCAAAUUCACACAGAUUUAAGUCACUGAUUUGAAUGAAAUUAAAAUUACAGCUUGUGCUUGGCUCUGAAUGAAGAUCGUGCUAAAAUCAACGUGUGACACACAUCACUCACUUACGGUGCCUAUAUCGAGGUGACCUCUGCUGAUAUUGGCGCUAAGUCAAAGACCUAAGUUAGCCCCGUUGUUCGAAGAGACACGCUUUAAUUUAAUACGGGUCUUAAAAUAGAAAUGGCAGACGAACAAUGUGGCUUUACCGCACGCAUUAUGUUAAUCCACCACGUCACUGGCUGAUUAUGUAAAGUUGAUACUGACAAUAGAAUCUCCAUAUCAAGUUAACACAAGAUGGCUUGAAAGCCAAAAUAAUCCUUAGAUUUUUUUUACCUUCGAAUAUCUCAUUUCGCUGUAUUUUCGUGAACGUUUCAUUCAGUUGUUUUUGUUGUGGAUGACAUACGCUGCGGUUAGGUAACAAUUUAGCGCCAGAGGUUGUUUUCACAAUUUAAUGAAAAAAAAAUGGUAUUUUGACCUGCGGAUGAAACAAAAAAAUGAUCCACGCAGGUGGGCUUUGACUAAAACAAUUUGAAGAAAAGGAGACUGAAAAAUAUUAAGGUAUUUUCGGGAUAUGAACUCGUGCCUCCCAGAAACCAGUUGGCAUUACCGCAAUCUGAGGUACGAAGUCACAUGUUGAGAGCGAGGCGAAUUUAAGUGAGUCAUCCUUCCCCGGAAGCAUUUUGAUCUCAGUACUGCACAAGUUCCAGUCUCGUCGAAGUGUGAACAUCUUUACUGCAAUUUAUUUGAUUGCAGCUUACCAGCAAGGAUUAUUUCCGAUCUUGUGGCAAUUAUUUGCAGUCUUUGAGACAACCUGUUUUGUCGUUGGCCGGUCAGCUUUACUUUGUCUGUGAGAAACCCUGUUCUCUUACUCUGUCCUUUUGGUAACCUGUUUUACUGUCUGUUUGGCUAGCCUGACUCGCUGUCAUUUAGGAACUGCUUUGGACAGCGUCUGGCCGUCAGUAUUGAAGCGACACCUACCAGUCGGAUGUCUAAAUGUUUCAGUAGCCGCUCACGGCUAUACAAUUUGGAAAAAUGCUAGCCGGAUCAACAACACUUCCUUGAAAUCACGUAUCAUUGGCACUAAUUUGCACUUGAACUGUAUUAUAUUUUGAAUGAAGAUUAUGAAUUCAAGUUAGGAAAUAACAACGCAUUUUUAAUGUUCAAAGCCUAACAAGGGGUCAGUUAGCGAUAAGCCGUAUGACCUCAGUCAAACAUCUUGUAGUGAACUCUUUUAUCAACGAAAAACCAUUAGGUUACUACUCAAAACUAGACAGCGACGCGAGAAGCACUGAAAAAAAAAAAAAACAAACAGAAAAAAAAACAGACCAGACUGGUAGCAGUACAGUGGACAAAAAUAGGUUCACGCGAUCACCAGACCCAGAGUAUUUCUAGAAACAAUGCAGGAGGAGUAGCAGAGAAACUAAACAGGAUCCUAAAUUACGAACAACUUGCUUCAAGUCAGUAGCUCCCCAUCACUUAAGUUCAAGGCCGAAAAAAGUACUAACAACUGGGCGACAGCGACAUUUCAACACCCUCUGAAGUAGGACGAAUCUUACUCUGUUUUUUGGGCGACAUCGGCAAAUAAAAAGGUGUGACAUGGCGGCGUGGCCACCCGACAUAACAGGCCUCAAUCAGCACUCAUUUCACCGCGGGCGGUUCCUGGAUUUUUUUCCCCCAUACAUGAAUUUCUGUGAAUCGAACGGUGGGUGAACUGUUUUCGAAAUUUUCAUGAUUGCCACUCUACAAACACUACUGUAAAGUCGAGCUGAAAAUUGAAGAAGUGAUAAAUAUCAGAAAUUAAAUUUGUUAUUUUCGUAAUUUUCGUGAAUUAAAAAAAACUGAUCUCUAAUAUUCCUGAUCUUGCGACGAAAUAUUCAUAUUGUUACAGUAUUGUUUAAAUCGAUGUUUUUAUCUUCAGUAUCAUUUAUUUUACCAAAUGACCUUACGAAUUUAAGAGAAUGGCAGACGGACGGCGGCAAUAUCGUUAAACACCAAAACUAUUUUAAAAUCUGCCGUUAGUCUCGGCAUCUCCCAUGAAGCUUCAAUUACUUAUGGGUAUCGUCGUUUCUCUCGUCACGAAACCUUGCACUCUUUAAAAAAAACUGGAAUUCUGACAAAAAGAGAAAAAAAGUAAGACAUCAGAGCUGAUUCACAUUUCUUCCUGACUGGUCUUAAAGUCAUUUCACAAAACGCAAGUGUGACACCCUAUUUUCCGUAGUUACAAUUAAAUCUUUAUUUUUAUAGGAAAAAGUCUCGACAUCACUCUUUUCUGUCGUUAGUCUAAACAGACAAACACAUCUGCAAGUCAACAGUAAAUUUUUUUAUAUUUCCUUUCUUCUUCAAUUGGAGGAGGAAGGAGGUGGGGAAGGGGAAGAGGAGCCGUUGUGCCGCUUAAAUUUUCUUGGCGCUCUGAUCUCAUUCUCUAUUAAUUGCAUAUUUCAUGUCGUUUAGAGGGCUCACUUCUCCAUUUUUCAAAUUUACGGGCCAGUGUGAAAUUUUCCGAAUUUCUAAUUAACUCAAACUCUAUAAGUGUGAUCGACAGCACAACAGUCCAAAACUGGAUCUAAUUUAACCUCCACUCUGCUGAAAAAGCAUCAGUUAUGUUGCUAAUUGAAUCUGGCUAACUAACCAUGAUCCCUAACCAUCCUACGAAAGACCUAGGUACCCACAUGGGUAUUCCUUUCGAAAAUAAGGUGCCACAGAGUGAGAGGGCGCGUAUUUAAUGUUUCAGGCGCAAACCCGAGUUUCUGAUCUUUCGUAUCACCGUACUUUUUUGUUGUAUCUUUGGAUACAACAUCUUUGUAUCUUGUAUCUGAAUUCCUCUUCCUUUAUUAAAAAACUCGUAUAUUCGCUCACAUUUUCUCAACCCAAACUACGGCAACAGUUGUAGCUUCUACGCUCAAGAUGCCCUACAGUAAGCGGAAAUAACUCAGAACGGAAUAUUUAGUAGUUAGGGGAAUUCACUUUCAUGCCAAGUAUUAAAGGAUCUCAUUUCAAUUGAACUGACAUUCCUGUCAGUUAAUCCGUUGUACCAUAAGCAAAAUUUGCAUGAUUUAUGAUUACACUCCGUUGGCGACGGCCGGAAAUACGUGUUUCAUCGAGUCAAUUCACUGCUAUCGCCGGGAGCCAUAAUCGGGAAAUUAUGGUAAACACUCAUCUGAUUGUUGAACUUAGAAUAGUAGGUGUUGUUGAGUAGCAGCCCCUGCAGCAACUUGGAAUUUGAAUUGCAAUUCAGUUCCAACAAACAGGCGAGCGGUUCGACUUUCGCCCUUAUGAGAAAGCAGCAGAUUAAAAGAACUAUUACGACUUUGAUUUUUCACGCUACAGUUUUACACAAAACUUGUUUCCGCGCAUUUUUAGAGGAAAUUUGUUCUUUGCGAUCUUUGUGGAUUUUGCUGUUAAAUUCAAGCUGAAUUUAUUAUAAAGAUAACUGCUCCAUGUCAAAAAUUCCGGCUUCAAGAAGACUCUCUGGUUUUCGCCCGUUAAGUCAUAUCUUUGGCCAAGUUUUCCUCAGUCUUUCAGAUCUUGAGAGUGUUCACAGAUUGUAUUGGAAUAGAUCUAUACAAGUUGAAACAAAAGGAGAAAGUAGCUAAAAUAGUGUAUUUUCCUUGCUUAUGACUUAGGUAUUGUGGUUCACAGAUCAGGUUUCGGCACGAAUAUUACGUCGAGGAAAAAAAGACUUGUUCAGAGGAUAUGAACAAACAACAAGACACACCAAAACAACAGUUGGAAUUUCCUUUGUUAAAAUUCACCCACUAUGGGCUUUUUUUCAGUAAGUCAGUUUCCAAGGUUGUGGUAAAUGAUGAAUGAGUCGUCAAUUCUCUACGUAUUGCUUUCACCCUGAGAUUGUUUCUCUCUCUAAGAUCUCAUGAGAAGAACCAGUUUCUUUGAUUAUGAUUAAAUGUUCCUUUCCCUGUUUUAUCUCGUUUUUCAGCAAUACAGGCCUUCGCAGGAAGGUAAUAGAACAUAAAGGAUGACUUCUUUAAACGUCACGCUCUCCUUGCGUUACGCCCCAUUUCUACGACAUCUGUGUGAAUGAUAAGAAAAUGCCCAGAAUUUCAGAUGUGCACCGUGACAGUUACACUGACUCAAUCUUGAGUCUGAGUGAAGGACUGAUUAUCUUAUUUGUGGCAUCGAGUGUUCUUGUCCUUGGUGCCCUUUGUAAAUAUCUCGGGAAAUUAUGCCGUAAGCUUUGGAAAAAACCGCGAUGGAAGAGGAAAUCAAAAAAGAGACAUUCAAAACGCGCAGAACAAAGGAAAGGAAGCACGCCUGUCAAACGCUCCGGAUCCUUUAGAUCAGGAGAGGGCAUGGUUAUGUCACCGCAGUUUACUAUUCCAUCGUCCCGCAGCUGUAUGAUACAGCAGCCAUACCCAGAUCUCUCACAAGGCAGGACUGGAAAGACUACUGCGGAUAAACGCCUCUCGUAAGUGAUAAAUUCGGCUUUUUACUGCUAAGUCACUGGUUUACUAAAAGAUAAAUCAUAAAUUUACUAAGUAGCAGACUAGCUGUCUGAUCGACUAGUUGACUAGCUGACCGCCUGAAUAAGUGAUUGACAGGUAGCUCGAUUGCCUAACUGAUUGACUGACUUACUAACCUGACUGACGAGUGGUGUGAUUAACUGGCUGACUAAUUGAAUAAUUUACUAGCUAACUGAUUGAAUAACGUACUAACUGAUUAAUUGACUGACAAGAAUGACCAACUGGCUGACUGGCUUACUAAAUGAGUUACCGGCUGACAGGCAGGCUGACUGACUGGCUGGUCACUCGACUAACCGAUUGGAUGACCAACGGGCUCACUGAUUGGGUUGCAAGCUGACAGAUCAAUUAAUUGACUGUCAACUGUUCAACUUAUUGCCUUAGUGACUGACUGAAUGUUCAACUGACUGAUUGACUCGUUCACCUGAAUCAACCUCUCGUCCACGUUAUUCCAAUAAGGUGCGGUCAAAAUAACACCUAUUCUGUUCUUGUGUAUAGGUUGGUAUCUUUUUAUCUCAAAGAAGAACAAAUUGGUAAACUGAAUCCUCAAUUGUACCAGAACUAUGAGAGAACGGUGCGGAUAGGCAUGGACAAAGAACUUGGGCAACUAAAUCUAAUCCUCAAAUACAAAGGGAAAACCAGAAACCUCUCUGUUACGCUUGUCAGCGGUAAAGACUUUCCACCGCGUGACUUCUCUGGUACUAUCGACACUUGCGUGACAGUUUGUGUACUCCCAUACCGUGAACGACGGAAGCGAACUGCAAUUCAUAGGCGAUCUAUGAACCCUCAGUACAACGAAAAUUUUGUUUUCAAUAUUCAACUUGGUGAAGACGCUCAUGCACAUAGCCUUCUUCUUAUCACGUACUUUUACGAUAGUUUUUCGCACGCCCAUGUUUUAGGGCAGUGUUACGUGCCUCUCAUAUAUUGUGACUUUUCAAGUGAAACCAUUGUUUGGUGCUAUCUAGACCAUCCUUAUGGUUCGGUGAGUGUUGUUAUUCUGACGUACCAGUUUUUUUUUUCUUUUUUUUUAAUGCCAGCUUAAAUACUUUGUUUUAUUUUGGGGUGGAAGUUUGUAACUCCAAGUUCACUUUUUACGCUUCCGUAUUUGUCUGGCCUGUUUUGGAAAAACAGAGUUACAUGCAGGUCGAGAACAAUAAUGACGUUUUUUCAUUUUCUCCUUUGUUUGUCUCUAUCUUCGAAUUCGUGCAAACAUGGCCAAAGAUCCUGUUUCUCCUUUAACGACUUAUUAUCUGUUUGCAUUCAACCUAGAUUAAUGUUAAAAGUCAAUUUUAAUCACUAGUGUUAGCUCUAAGCAAGAUUUGUACAGAUCCAUAUUCAACGGAAUGGGAGCGUGAGUACCUUUUCCGAACAGCGACAGGUUACUUGCCCUCUUCAUGAUAACAACAGGACAGAAUAGUGGUUUUACCUUCAUGUGUUUCCAUGUUUCUUUUUUUUAGUACACCACCUUAGUGGGGGCAUUACAGAGUCUUGUGACUUCAGAGUGUGGUGAUCUGCUGCUGUCUUUGUGUUACGUCUCUAAGAGCCAGACUCUCACGGUUGCCAUAAUGAAGGGUAUGAACCUAGCAGAAGGACGUCUGUCUUCUGUUGGUAAGUUUUCACCCUGUUAUCAUUCGGAAUGAAAUGCAACUCUGAUGGUAAUGUAAAAAAGUAGCACAAAAGAACGAAAAUCGUAUGGGACCAAUCCUCUAAACCUCCCACACACACCCCCCCCCACCCCCUCUCAGGUGUUCUAGAUAAUUAUAAACGAAACGUUACUAAAAGCUAACGAAAAUUGUUGUAAAGCGAUUUCAAAGUUAUAUACCUAGAUGAAGUAAAGGGGGAAAAUUAUUUCUCAUCCUUUUUUAAGUUAUUUUUUCGGUAUCACUGCACUCUGAAGAUUAUUUAGUAAUAAAGAUCGUUAGGGUGCAAGCUUGCAUAUACAAAUGGUCUUCGGAGGUUUUUAUUGUUUCAACGUCAUUUAACACUGCUCUCUCUUUAAUUUUUUUUCAGAGAAGUUAUACACAAAAGCAACUCUCCUUCACGAUAAUCAAAAAAUUGGUAAGAGGAAAACGAGUUUGCAGGAAAUCGGUGAUAUUUACACGGUUUUUAACGAAGCUCUGUUGUUCCGUAUCCCUGGAGAGAAGCUUAUCAGUUGCACAUUGAAAAUCUCUGUCAAUCAUUACAACGUCAUGGGUAAAAGUUCCAGCCUUGGCGAAGUCACCUUCAGCGCAGAGUCGACUGGACUCGAAGAUGCGCAUUGGUCUAGCGUGACCACAAAACGCGACAAACCGGUUACGAUGUGGCACACCCUUCGAGGAUUCAAAUUUAUGGAGACUUCCAGAGAGGAAAGAGAGCCUCUCUCGCCGAAUUAAACAACAGAGAAAAGAUAUUUAAGUUAGCUCGAUUUUUGAUCUCACUUCCAGUGGAAAAAUUGUUUACUAAAAGCAUUUUAGAGUCUGCAUAUGGCUGAAAACUUUCAAGUAAUGGGAAUGAUAUUGUACCAUUAAAUCAAGAAACAACUACUUGUUCAGAGACUGAUAUAGAUCUCAUUGUGUAAAAGCUUCGUAGGACAGAAAGAAAAGAUUUCGCCAGAUUAUAGAUUCCUUAUUAUAUAGGCGGAAAUAAUUAUUUCGAACGAGGAAUCUACUUCAGGUGUUAAAGCAAUUUUAACCUAGUAUCAUCGUUAAAAAAUAUGUUAUAAAAAA